GCCCUUCUCUCGCGGCGCAAGGGAACGGCUGCCUGUUCCCGAUCCGCUCACGACUCCGCGUGGUAAGCAUUGGCACGGCCGUUCUCCCAGCGCAGGGUCGUCGUGAAGGAGCGCUCCUGACUAUCGGAAAUGCGGGCAUACCAUGCGCGCCGGUGCGAGCGGCGCUGCGUCUGCUUCCGUGCCGCCGCAGAGCCGGGUCACGGGUGCAAGAGGGCUGACCUCAGCAUGGGAAGAUAGGGCAUGCCGACCCUCCGUGUACUGGACCGAAGCUUGGAUGAGCUGGCCGGCUCGAAAAUGGCAAGACAGAAGCCCUGGCUUGAGGAAUGGCGCGCCGAGGCGGAAGGGGGUGGGAGGCGUGACGGCGGCCGCGAGACGGCAGCUCGUCUGGUUUCGACGCUGUGCAGCUGCUCCCGCUACCAAGCAUGACUCUGGCAUGCACGGCCGUGCACGGCCUCUGCAUGCUCGGGCAUGGCAUACGCAACGGGACUGCCUGACCUCUGCGCAUGGAGGGAAGCUGAGGAUCGACGACCGCCUCCUGCUUUCGCCUGCCGCCGGCACUGCGCCCCGCACGCUGCACACAGAUGCGGACUGCAUCGAGGAGCAGCACCUCUGCAUCGAGCAGUGCUCAGCAUGCGUCGAGGAGGACAUGUCCAGCCGGCGACGCUGCACGUCCAGCCGCUGCGAGAUCGCAGCGCACACGUGCAAACGGCAAGGCGGCAUGCUCAGACGUCGAGGCUGCUGCUCGAUCGCACCUCAUGCUGCCGACUCGCGCUGCUUGCACACGACACGGAGCUGGGCGAGCAGCAUUCCGCUCCGCAUGCUGCGUGAGCCGUCCGUCGCUCUCGCACUCAGUGUGAGGGGUCGUCCGGGGAGGUGGGAGCAGUCGAGCUGCGGCUGCGACGCAUGCACAUGCAGCAGCAUGCAGGCGUAGCGCAUGAGCGGUGGGCGGAUGCGCUGCGCUGCGAGCGUCCCGCUCUUCCUCUGCGCUGCAGCAGCUCAGCCCAGACGCAUGCAGCCGCAGGUGCACAUGACCUGCAG